CGCCGUGGACGGAUGUGCUCACGGAGAGAGGAUUCUACACCCCAGACUCGGACAGCUCGUCGGAGGAUGAUUUGAUCAUCGGAUGAGGUGCGCUACUCGCCAAAUGGGCGGGGGUGGCGCUGCCCGUCGUCUUGCUUGCCUUAGUAGGCGCUACACUUACUGCCCGCGCCACUCCCCUCUUCCUCUUUUACUCAAGGAUCUACUGCGGCCGCUCGGUCGGCUUGCUUCCUCCAUCCCAUCUCCUUUUAUCUUAGAUACCCAGGACUCCACGGUAGCCUGCUGUAUUUCCCCCAUGUACAUAUACAUACAAAAGCGGAUCUCACUCGCGUAUGCGAAGGAUUGUACAUUCUAUUUCUUACAUGUUGAUACGCACACGCUGGUCGGUUGGGCUUGCUGGACCCGGAAAAAUUGACAUGCUUAUUCUGCAUCUGCGGCCUCCCUAGCUUUACAUUCGCAACCUCCCUAGCGAAGUCGGAUUUGUGCCAGGUCACUCAAUGGAUCUACAGCAAGGGCUGUUCACCAGCUAUGCUGCGCGAGGUGCUUCUUGUCCUCGUCGGCCUGGGUGGUGGACGCAAUGGCGGGAGGCUGGGAGCUAUAGGGGUGUAAUCGUCAACUUCUCCUUCACUCAUGAACAAAAAGUGCAA